GAAAAUUUAACUCUUUUCAUUGACGCAAGGAAGUCAUGGCUGCUGCAGGGGGUCCCGUCCAAAGUCUGUGUGAUGAAGCUACUUGCUCCAUCUGCCAGGAUUACUUCAAGGAUCCAGUGACCAUCGCAGAGUGUGGGCACAACUUUUGCCGAUCUUGCUUGCGCGGGGUGCUGGAGGAAAAUUGGACGGCAGCAGAGAAUUCCUGCCCUCAAUGCAGAAUAACUGUCCAGCGAAGGAACCUUAUAUUCAACGAACACCUGGCCAACGUGGUAGAAAUAGCCAAGAAGCUCAGUCCUCAACCUAGGAAAGGGAAGGUCUGUGAGAAGCACCAGGAGACCCUGAAGCUCUUCUGCAAAGAACACAGAACCCCCAUCUGUGUGGUUUGUGACAGAUCCAAGGAACAUGAAAAUCACAAGGUGAUUCCUCUGGAGGAAGCUGCCGAAGAGUACAAGGGAGAGAUCUGCAGCCGCCUGGAGAUUCUGAAGAAAGAACAAGAAACCAUUCUGGCCUCUCAGGCAGACCUGGAAAAGGACAGCCAGGAUCUCCUUAAAUUAACAGAAUCUGAGAAGCAGAGGACAGUGGAGAAGUUUAGACAGCUGCGCCAGUUUCUGGAAGAACAAGAAAGUCAACUGCAUGAAAUAGAAGAGGUGGAGAAAGAGGUUGCAAGGAGAAGGGAUGAGCAGCUGGCCAGACUCUCCAGGAAACUAUCUUCUCUGAAGGGGAUCAUCCAGGAGAUGGAAGAGCAACAGCAGAAGCCAGCGAGUGAACUCCUGCAGGAUGUGAGAAGCACCUUGCAGAGGUAUGAGAAAAGAGAGAGAUUGGAGACUCAGUUCAUUUUCCCUCCACAGCUGAAGAGGAAGGCCUCAAGAUUCCGUGACAUAAAUUGUAUCAUUGCGAAUGCAAUGACACAAUUCAAAGAGCCCGCAGCGCGGUUGCGGUUGCUCCAAUCCCCGAAGAGACCGCAGCUGUCUCGGAGCCAAGGCAGCUCCCGACUGCUCGGAAUGGCGCUCACACCGGAAGUCCCUUUUUGCAAGGAAGCCAUGGCUGCUGCAGGGGGUCCCGUCCAAAGUCUGUGUGAUGAAGCUACUUGCUCCAUCUGCCAGGAUUACUUCAAGGAUCCAGUGACCAUCGCAGAGUGUGGGCACAACUUUUGCCGAUCUUGCUUGCGCGGGUGCUGGAGGAAAUUGGAGGCAACAGAGAAUUCCUGCCCUCAAUGCAGAAUAACUGUCCAGCGAAGGAACCUCAUAUUCAAUGAACACCUGGCCAACGUGGUAGAAAUAGCCAAGAAGCUCAGUCCUCACCUUGGGAAAGGGAAGGUCUGUGAGAAGCACCAGGAGACCCUGAAGCUCUUCUGCAAAGAACACGGAACCCCCAUCUGUGUGGUUUGUGACAGGUCCAAGGAACAUGAAAAUCACAAGGUGAUUCCUCUGGAGGAAGCUGCCGAAGAGUACAAGGGAGAGAUCUGCAGCCGCCUGGAGAUUCUGAAGAAAGAACAAGAAACCAUUCUGGCCUCUCAGGCAGACCUGGAAAAGGACAGCCAGGAUCUCCUUAAAUUAACAGAAUCUGAGAAGCAGAGGACAGUGGAGAUCUUUAGACAGCUGCGCCAGUUUCUAGAAGAACAAGAAAAAUGUCAGCUGCAUGAAAUAGAAGAGGUGGAGAAAGAGGUUGCAAGGAGAAGGGAUGAGCAGCUGGACAGACUCUCCAGGAAACUAUCUUCUCUGAAGGGGAUCAUCCAGGAGAUGGAAGAGCAACAGCAGAAGCCAGCGAGUGAACUCCUGCAGGAUGUGAGAAGCACCUUGCAGAGGUAUGAGAAAAGAGAGAUAUUGGAGACUCAAAUGUCUUUUCUCUGCCUCUGGGCUGAUUCUGCCUCUCUUCUCUUUUCCUCAUCUUCUCCCCAAGAAGCAAAUGUCACUCUGGAUCCAGACACAGCCCAUCCCAGGCUCAUUCUGUCCCAGGAUCGGAAAAGCGUAAGAAGGGGAGACAAAGAGCAAGACCUGCCCAACAAUCCUGAGAGAUUCAACACCUGUCACUCUGUGUUGGGAUGUGAGCGAUUCACAGCAGGCAGACAUUUCUGGGAAGUCAAUGUGGAAAGUGAGGGAUGGUGGACUUUAGGGGUCGUCAGGAAUUCUUUGAAUAGAAAGUGCUGUUUAUCCUUAAGCCCCGAGGAAGGGAUCUGGGCGGUGGGGAGGUGGGGAGGCAAGUACUGGGCCUGCACAUCCCCUCAAAGCUCUCCUCUGUCCUUGAGUGGGGAAUUCAAGAGGAUACUAGUGACUCUGGACUAUGAAGGGGGACGUGUGUCUUUUUCUGACACCGAUUCAGGAGCUGAACUCUACACAUUCUCAGGAGCUUCAUUCUCUGGAGAGACCCUACUCCCUUUCUUUCAUCUGUCAGAUAAUGGCACCCACCUCAGUAUCGCCUGAAGAGACAAAAUAUACCUCUCAGGCCCAGCAAGAGUUUCUCUCCAGUCCAGAGUGACUGAGAGAAAAACAAACCCCACCAAGAGCCAUUUGGACAGUUUUUCAGUAGC